AUGAAUUCUCCCUGGCACUUCAGGCAGUUGGGAUUCUGCGCGUACAAUCUGCCCCUUUCCUCGCUCUCUACACUCCCCAGCACAACCAUUUCCUCUCCUCUCCUCUGCACCCUAGAGGGCUUCCGUUGGUAUGGAUUCCUCCAGGCUGCAGACUGUUGGAAUUCUGCUGGCGAAAGAAGCUCUUUCCCGGGUCCCGGUGGUUGGGUGGUUGGGCGGGCCUGGGAUAAUGUUUGCUCACAUCGGCCUCCAGGCCUAGCUCUCCGGGGCCCCGUGGUUGGGUGGUUGGGUCGGGCCUGGGAUAUCCGUGUUCUAAUCAAGAUG